AUGGCAGUUUUGAAGGCCUUCAAGAUCGUCGCUCUCUUGCUCGCGCCAUUGGUCCACGGCCUUCCCACAGGAUCAGACCAUGAUGAUCUUUUGGUACACACGGAUCUGUAUGCUGUGAAGGGCAUAUCUUGGCCAAACUCAACCGAUGUCCGUUUCUUUGGCGGCGUUCCCUACGCCGAGCCUCCAGUAGGCACGGCACGUUUUCGACCACCGAUUACCAAGCGUCCGAUGGCCAACCAAACGAUUGAUGCAUCGUGGUUUGGACCAUCAUGUAUCCAGUACAACAGUGGCUCGAAGACGGUGUACUCGGAAUAUCUCAAGGGCUUUCUUCUCACUCCUGGUCAACAACAAAGCGAAGAUUGCCUGACCUUGAAUAUCUGGACGCCUAGGGGGAAACAGGCAACUGGAUUGCCAGUCAUGAUCUGGAUCCAUGGUGGAGGCUUCACAUCGGGUGGAAGUGCGAGUCCGUACAAGUACGGAGAUCGGCUUGCAAAGGAUCAGAACGUUGUUGUGGUUGCUUUGAAUUAUCGACUCAACAUCUUCGGAUACCCUAACGCUGCAGGCCUGGAUGGAAAGAAUCUGAACCCUGGCUUGCUUGAUCAUCGUAAAGCAGUUGAAUGGGUCUACAAUCACAUCAGCGCAUUCGGUGGAGAUCCAGGUCGCAUGGUCUUGUUCGGACAAUCGGCAGGUGCAAUGGCUGUCGACAAAUACGCCUAUGCAUACCCCGAAGAUCCCAUCGUGGGUGGCUUUAUUGCUCAAUCUGGUACAGCCUCUAGCAUAAGCUUCAGCGACGCGACGAGUUCGAACUUCACCUACCUCGCCUCCCAGGUUGGCUGCUCAUCAGCCAACAAAGAUGAAGAGUUUUCUUGCGUGCAGAAGACAAACGCAACGGCUCUCAUUGAAGUGUACAACAAGUAUAAUGCAUCUGCGAACAAUGGACGGUCGCUAUCCUUCCAGCCCACACCAGACGACAUCACAAGCUUCUCCAACUACACCGAUCGCCAAGCUCGUGGCCGUUUCGCAAGAGUUCCAACCAUCUUGGCUCAAGUCGACAACGAGGGUGCUUCGCUGGUCGCUUUCGUCCCCGCUGGCCCGAACCAAACCGUCGUGGAUGCCCUCACACGAAGCCUUUCCACAUGUCCAGAUGCACGAGGAGCCCUUGCCCGAAAGAACUACAACGUCCCCGUCUGGCGCCUCCGAUAUUUCGGCGAAUGGCCGAAUCUGAACCCCUUCUCGUGGCUUCACGCGUACCACUCAUCUGAUAUCCCGAUGGUGUUCGGUACAUCUGACCUCCUUGGACCUGAUACGCCGACCGAACGCGCCACGUCAAAGUACAUGCAGGAUGCGUGGGCAGCGUUCGCAAGAGACCCGAGUAAUGGUCUGGUCUGGCCGACUUAUGAUCCAAAUGCCAACACACUGGUCAAGCUGGGAUUUGCGAAUAAUACACAGGCUGUGCUGUCGCCGGGCAAUGAGUUUGAUGCAUUGUGCUAA